AAGGAAAUUGAAUAGCGACCCAGGGCAGGGCCAAGGUCACGCUGUUAGUGGCAGAGGCAGGGCUAGAAUCCAGAGCUUCAGACACACUCUCUUCUUCCACAUCAGCACUUCCUUCUCGCCACCCCCUUUCCCCAUCCUGCUCUGUGCUGUCCCACAGGCCCGUCCAGCCGCGUCAUAGGAGUGGGAACCCUGACCCAAACCCCACUGCAUCCAGCCAAUCGGAGCCCAGGUGCUGAGAGGCGAAACCUGGGGCUUGAGGAGGUGGGCGGCAACCAAGCAUCUCAUUUCCCUACCCUGCCAGGCCACCAUGGCGGAAUUACAGGAGGUCCAGAUCACGGAGGAGAGGCCACUGUUGCCAGGACAGACACCAGAGGCUGCCAAGGAGGCUGAGUUAGCAGCUCGAAUCCUCCUGGACCAGGGACAGACUCACUCCGUGGAGACACCUUAUGGCUCUGUCACCUUUACUGUCUACGGCACCCCCAAGCCCAAACGCCCAGCAAUAUUCACCUACCAUGAUGUGGGACUCAAUUAUAAAUCUUGCUUCCAGCCGCUGUUUCAGUUUGGGGACAUGCAGGAAAUCAUUCAGAACUUCGUGCGGGUUCAUGUGGAUGCCCCUGGAAUGGAAGAAGGGGCCCCUGUGUUCCCUGUGGGAUACCAGUACCCAUCUCUGGACCAGCUUGCAGACAUGAUCCCUUGCAUCUUGCAGUACUUAAAUUUUUCUUCAAUAAUUGGAGUUGGUGUUGGAGCUGGAGCUUAUAUCCUGUCGCGAUUUGCUCUCACCCACCCAGACACGGUUGAAGGUCUUGUUCUCAUCAACAUCGAUCCCAAUGCCAAGGGCUGGAUGGACUGGGCAGCCCACAAGUUAACAGGCCUUACCUCUUCCAUCCCAGAGAUGAUCUUGGGACAUCUUUUCAGCCAGGAAGAGCUGUCAGGAAAUUCUGAGUUGAUACAAAAGUAUAGAAAUAUUGUGAUGCAUGCACCCAACCUGGACAACAUUGAACUCUACUGGAACAGCUACAACAACCGCCGAGACCUGAAUUUAGAGCGAGGUGGUGAUGUCACCCUCAAGUGCCCUGUGAUGCUGGUGGUAGGAGACCAAGCACCCCAUGAAGAUGCAGUGGUGGAGUGUAACUCAAAGCUGGACCCCACCCAGACCUCCUUCCUUAAGAUGGCCGACUCUGGAGGUCAGCCCCAACUGACACAGCCGGGCAAGCUGACCGAGGCCUUCAAGUACUUCCUGCAGGGCAUGGGCUACAUGGCUUCCUCCUGCAUGACUCGCCUGUCCAGGUCUCGCACAGCCUCUCUGACCAGUGCAGCAUCCAUUGAUGGCAACCGGUCCCGCUCCCGCACCCUGUCCCAGAGCAGCGAGUCUGGGCCUCUCCCUUCAGGGCCCCCGGGACACACCAUGGAGGUCUCCUGCUGAGUGACCCCGGUCGCUCUGGUGUGGGACCCAGGCCUCACCUCCCGCAGCACUAACCUUGGAGGUGCAUAAGGGCUUGGGACAACAGUAAGCAAGGAAAAGGGCACAUUGUGAGAUGACUUUGAUCUUUUGAUUGCUACCCUAACCUUGACCUUUAACCUGUGAUUUCCCCAGUCCUGAGAGAAAUGUCCUAAUAUCUCUUAGGGACCCAGACCCCUGAAUCAUCCCUUCUUCUGUUUUGGCAAUAUGGAGAAGGCAGGCAUGUACCCUCCCUCCCCGAUCCAGGUGUUGGUGGGUGAAGGCUAAGAGGCUGUUGUUGUCAUGGUGCCUCCAUCACUCUCCCUGUCCAUCCCAUACAUGCAAGGGCAGGGGCCUGGGGCAGGGGCUCCAUUCACCAAAGCUGAUGUGGUUUUUCACUGACCCUUCAGGCCCCUGAGGGAAUAGGCCUCAAUGAAUGUGUGUCAGGGGAGUCUUGGCAGUGGAUUAGUGGUUGUAAGGAUGUGAUAGAAACAUCCAGUGUGUAGAGAAAGAAGUGGGGACGGGAGCUGGUGGGCAGUGGGCAGUGGCUGAGCAUGGUGGAAGGACUGGAGCACGGGAGGUAGGAAGAGGCCUGGGCCAUCUGGCUGCACUAACUUUCGUAGCUGUCAUUGUGCAUCUAGGGUGGGAAAAGGGAGGGAGCCAAGCUUGGCCCAGGCUGCUUGGGGCUUGGCAGUAGGGUGGGAAGGACUACCCUGGGUCUCUGACCACACUGUCACGUGUGGCAGGUGGCUUCCUGUCUCCCACGACUUCUGCUGUGAGAAUAAACUGUAGAUGAGUCUGCGCACCGUUA